AAAGGCGGCAAACAAUUUUAGUAUAGAGAUUUUGCAUGACAGCUGACUGCCAUAAUUUUGCGUUUGAGAGGAAGUGAUUGCAGAGUACACACAGCUUAGUACAAAUAACAACAUCAGUACUAAACGAAAGGAUGUCAGAGACUUACGACUUCCUCUUUAAAUUUUUGGUGAUUGGAAGUGCUGGUGCAGGAAAAUCUUGCAUUUUACACCAGUUUAUUGAAAAUAAAUUUAAACAAGAUUCAAACCACACUAUUGGUGUCGAGUUUGGCAGUAAGGUGGUAAAUGUUGGAGGAAAGGCUGUGAAACUGCAGAUAUGGGACACCGCUGGGCAGGAGAGAUUUAGAUCUGUGACACGAAGCUACUACAGAGGAGCUGCUGGGGCUCUGCUUGUUUAUGAUAUCACAAGCCGCGAGACAUACAAUGCCUUGACUAACUGGCUUACAGAUGCACGUACCCUCGCAAGCCCAAACAUAGUCAUAAUUCUCGUUGGCAAUAAAAAAGAUUUGGAAGCAGAAAGGGAGGUGACUUUUUUGGAGGCUAGUCGCUUUGCUCAAGAAAAUGAUCUGAUGUUUCUAGAAACCAGUGCUUUAACUGGAGAAAACGUGGAAGAAACCUUCCUGAAAUGUGCCAGAUCUAUUCUGACCAAGAUUGAGUCAGGUGAGCUAGACCCAGAAAGGAUGGGAUCAGGCAUUCAGUAUGGUGAUGCAUCACUUCGCAGACUACAGAGACAACAGCAGUCACAGAAGAGGCCUGACUGUGGAUGCUAAGGUCCUUUUGGAUCGAUUUCUAUUGUGCUGACUCUUAUACAGUAACCUGUUCUGAGCGCAGCAGUGGUGCACAGCUGACAUAAAUGAUAUUGAGAGAGGAGGGACCAUGGGUGGAUACUGGGAUGAGGAUAAGGGAAGGGCUAAUUUCAGGGUUUUAAAGAUAUCAGCAAAGUUUUAAUGAUUUUUAUUUUCUAAGAAACUUUUUUUCAAAGAGGGGAGGGGAGCAAACUUGCAGAUGUACUGGGGGAAAAAAUAUGUCAGAAGCUUGUCAGUGAAUAAUGUAAGAAUGUUGAGAAUUUCCAUUUUAGCAUGUCCUGAGAAUUCAAAAGCUAAUCUCUUCUAGAAAAUCCUAAGGUACAUCAUCUUUUUCAGCUUAUACUUUUUAAGAUCUUUGACAUGUAAACUUUAUUAUGCCAUCAUUUAUGAAACUAUUCAUUCUUGUAUGAUGAUUCCAGAAAAGGAGAAAAGACUUCCAGAUUGCCUUUUGGCUAUGCUUUUCUGUCAUUGCACAUGUAUAUGUGUGUGUAUUUGUGUGCAUGAGUGAGCACGAAAUAUUUUUAAUUAGUAAUUUCUUCAAAUCAAAAUGAUGCAUAAGAGUGUUGCAGGACUCAGAAUAUUGAUAGAAUCCCCGUAUGAUUUCUUUUUUCUUGUGAAAAUUGAUACUGGAAAAGGCUUAUUUUCAUUUUCCUGGGAUUUACUACAUGCGUCUGCUUUAGCUCACAGAUUUUGUGCAUUAUCAUUAGUGUCUGUGCGUUAUCAUUGACCAAUCUCUCAAUAUUUUCUGUGCUGUCUGCAUUCACAUGUGCAUAUUGCAGCAUAUAUCUUGGACAGCUGUUCUUUUUCUGUUGCUAACAUUUUUUUAACAUAGUUUUUUAUUACCAGUGCAAGUUGGUCUAUAGUACAGAUAUAGACAGACACCUGUUAUGAAUAAGGGAUGGGGUAAUACAUUGUUAGCAUGAUAUUGAGACGAGCAAAAUCCAAAUAAUGUAAUCUUCAUGUGUGUAAUGGCAAGGGACUGAUGUUUCAUGGGCUUCAUGUAUUUGCUGAGUUCACUAAUAUUUUGCAUGACUAUGUGUUCUGCUUCCCAUUAAGAUCAUUCUCAAGAUUUCAUGACUUAUAUGUGGUCUUAUAAACUCAGUAGACUACUUUUAAAAUUUGAUAAACAUGUUAUGUAAUAUUCAAAAUGUUGCAUGCAUACCAUUUAAGAAAAGACAUUCAUUGUUAAGCACAUUUUUUUGUUUUUGUUUUUCUUGAAAUGCACAAACAUGAUUAGAGGUUGCUGAGAAGCCAGAAAAUAUAAAGAUCUGUUACAUAAAUUUCUUACCCAUCUGAGCUGGUUUCAGGUGUUAGCUUGAAGAUUAUCACACCAGGGGGUGAUGGGGGAUGUUUGCAGUUGAGUACUUUUUUUUAAAAUUUCUGAUGACAUUGGAGUAAUGGCAAGUCAGGUUGUGUAUUUAGACAUAUAUUUCUGCAAAUAACAUUUCAUUGAAUAGGCAUCUUAAAAAUCUUGUGCUAGAUCUUUAGAUUUCUUUGUUGGUUAUCUUGAACUCCAGAGAAAAAAAUUGCUGAAUUUCAUUGUCGUUAAUGUUAAUCUUAGAAUUUUAUUAUCUCAAAAAGAGAUAAUUAAAGGAGUACUUGUAGUGCAUGUUAAUGUUGAACUUGUCCAGACCAAAAAUUGCCUCUUAUUGAUGUCUCAUUCCCUUUAAGUUACCUGUUGUUAGAAUGUUCUUUAUGCAGACUUUUUUUUGCAGAUGGAGAUUCAGGUCAGGAUUAAUGAUCUCAACUUGUGUAGAUGGUUGCGAAUGGAAAGCUUAUAGAAGUAAAAAGAACAUAAAUGUUUUGUAACUUUUCAGGUGCGUGUUGAUCCCUACUAGACAAAUUUGUAUAUUUUAAGAAUGCCAUUUUACCUUUCUUGACCAAAGGUAGACAGCUGCCCCAGAGAUUCCCUUACUUCUUGUCCAUAGCUCUAACUCUAGGCAGCACUCAGCUGUAGCUUCAAGACACGAACUUAAUGAUUAUUUACCAACCUCUAAGGUCUGCAUUUGUGUGAUUUCUGAGUUUAAUAACUGCCAUGGCUUUUGGACAAAUAUUAAGAUCAAAAUGACAUUGAGAAAAGCAGGAAAAGAUUUUCAUUUUACGGACUAACAAAAUUUUACAGCUGAGAAUGCUUAUAAAGUUUUUUGUCCUUGUUCCUUCAGCAUUUAUGGAAUGCAUGUUUUGUUUUCUUUGAUUCUGCUUGGGCAUUUUUAUCAUUUGAAAUACAUUUUGAGGGUGUAGAAAACCAAAACACAUAUAUUGUUGUAGUGAGCAUUUCUUCUAUUACUUGAGUUUUAUUUUUUCCUUCAGACAAUAUUACUCUUUACUAGUGACUGAUGGCAUAUUAUUCAGUGCUAAAAAAGUAUUGCUUUGUAUGAAAAUGGAUGAAAGAUAUGUGGCAGCUCAGGCAGUUGCACUACUUAAGAAUGAGGAAAAAUGUGGCAAGUCGAUCAGCAUUUAUUUCAAAUCCUAAGAAUGAAGUUUUAAAAUUCUGAAAAUGUGAUGUACAGGAAAUAUAUUGUUCCACUUAAUUUUGCUGAAUCAUCAAAUACAUUCAUAUACAUAUUGUAUAUUAAAUGUAGGCAGAUGCUGUUUCUUUGUUGCCUGUGAGAAUUGCUCAUUCAUUUUUUGGUCAUUAAAGCAUGGGAGGACAGUUCAUAGUCCUCAAUUGUAACUGAAGUAAUAAUUACAUUGGUGUAACAACACUAUAGCAUGAAUGGCUUUGCUAUAGUCUGGGAUGUGUUUUGAAAGGGUUCCAUUAACAAAAUUUCUUUCAAAUUUCUCAGGUCAAAUAGGACCUACAGACAUGUUGAUGCAUAACAAAGAAAAUUUCAACAUUUAUGCAACCUUCCCCAUUGUGGUGGACCACAUUGGUAUAGUUAUAAGUAAUUGAAUAUCUGCAGGCUAAACCUGGAUUUCCUAAUGAGGUUGACAGUGUUUGGCUGGUUCUUGUUCUGUCAUUGCAAUGCCUUUGUGAAAGAAUGGUUUGGCAUGAUAGAGGUGAGGAGCGCACACAGUGCUGGCAAUCCUAGUGGUCAUUCUUCACCAGUUGCAUGAAUCUAGCCUGACAUCUCCCUCUGCUGAAUCAAAUCCAUUCUUUCUUGCCAGACUGUGAAAGUUCAGCUUUUAAUACUUCACAAUGGUUUUUUAAUGGCAGACAUUGAUGGUUUUGCAAAAAUAUUCAUGGUGUGGGGAAAGGGCAAAAUUUAUAUUUAAGAGAGUUGCACUUCUCUUGUUUGUACUCAGUGUCAAUUCUCUGACAGUGAUGAGGUACUAAUUUGAUAGAUGCACUUUGAUUGAUUGAUUUUUUUUAAAACUUUUGGCAGAUUUGUCUACGACUGAAUCUUUGAGCUGCUUUAUAGGUGCUUGCAGUGCUGUCAGUUUUCUGAAGAUCUGAGGCAUAAAAGCAAAGAUAUUGUAACCUAUGUGUAGUAAUGGAUAUUGCAAGAGAUGUACAGUUUGUUUUUCAGUAUGGAAAAAAGUGGAGGGGGCGGCAUAUUUAAAGAGAUAUUAAAAGAGUGGUGCAGAGAUGGCUUGUAUUGACAAAGUUAGCAAAGUAGUUGCUGAUAGUUUAUCUAUGUGUAUAUAUGCAUGUAUACACAGACAAGCACAUGCAAUAUACACAUAUGUAAUAAUAUGCAUAUAGUACAUCUGAAGAGGUACUGAGAAUGUGCUGGAGACUAAGAAGUUUUUAAAGGUUUUUUCGCUGUAUAUUAUCAUCAAUUGCUUGCUACACCUGACAUUGCUAAAUGAGGCUUCAGUCAUAGUGCAGUUAUCUACAAGUGAGCUUCUUUGACAUAGAUGAGGUGGUGUAGAUAUAAUAGACUUGUACAAGACACGUACCCUUUAGAGAAAGUGCAUGAAGUUUUGAUUAAAGUCUUAGCGAAUGGGCCAAUGAAUCAAUUGUGUGAGAACUUUUAAGACAAAAGACAGAGCAACGUAUGUUUUAGGUGUUCCUGCUGGUCUUUCAUUUAGUUUAAUUAUAUCCCCAAAUGCAUUGGAUUGAUUGGGGUGUCCUUUAUUGCACAAAAUGUGUAAAAAUCUGACAGAAUUAACAUGCAGUUUACCAGAAAUAAAUUAUUUGCUUUUUUUAAAGACAAAAUUUAUUCCUGAUAAACUGAUCUGAAGUACAGAUAAACAGAAUCUCCAGGAUCCUACAUAUUUGUGCAUGUGCGGGCUUUCAGAUGUAGUGGAAUGACAUACCAUGUAAUAAAUGUAAUGCUGUGAAAAGCUUUUGAUGCCUGUACAAUGCAUCAUGAUAAUUGUCAUGUAAAUUAUGCAUGUUCAGUAGAUGGUGCUGGUGAUUGGUAAAUGCUUUGCACAAAACUACAUAUUGAAGCAACAGUGGGUCUUGUAGUAAUGCUGGCGUAAGUGGGGGUGCAGAUGUAUUGAAAAAUGAGUAGGAUAAGUUGUGCCACAAUUUUUAGUUUGUAGUGUAGGUAUGCAGGAAAGAAGUGUGCAUGAUUUGUCAUGGCAGUGGCAGUUAGAGGUCUGUAUGGUUGCUGAUUUUAGGUGAAUGCUUAGAAUGACAAAAUUAUGCAAGUUAUUCAUGUGUGGUUUCAUAGGAUUUAUGGUAAAUUUGGUGGAAAUGUUGAAAUUUGCAAGGAAUGCUUGCCUGUGGGUUAAAGAUACACAGAAGAGAGUUUGUAUGGCAUUUGACAACUGGAGCUUAAUGAAAAUGUGAAUUUCCUGUAUGAUUCUCAUCUCUCACAUAUGUACCUGUCAGCGCAGGAAAAGUCGGGGUGCAUGUGCGAUUGCUAGAGUCCAUGGAUACGCAAGUCUAUGAGAUAAAAAUAUGAAAUGGGUUUGAUUAGAGAGUGACUGCUUCCAGCUAUGGACUGCAAUUAUCUUGGAGUCUUUGACAGUAAUAAUCAAUAUUUUUAAAUACCCCUGGUUAGACACAACCAAACUUUCCAUCUGUCCUUAAAAAGGAAUUAGUCAAAGAAAAGAACGUUCUCUAAACUAUUUGAAUGCAUUCGAUUUUUUUUCUUUUGGAAGUGAAGGGAGUAAGUGGGUAGUUUGGGUUUUUUAAACAGCAAAGUUGUAGGCAUUCAAAUGAGGGUCUUUUUUUUGGGGGGGUUUUUUUUUUUUUUUUUUGUCCCUUAACAUUUUAUCUUUGGUUCUGUCUGAAAAUCAAAUCUAUCUGACAAUAGUGCUGAUAGUUAACAUAUGUUCUCAGUGCUAUCAACUUUAUUGAGCUGAGUUAUGCAGUGAAUUUGAAAGCUUGUGUACACUUCAUUGUUUGGCUGGCAUAUGUAUUCAAUUGUUGCAGAAAUGCCAGAUGAAACCUGCAUUAUUUGCAAAUAUCUUGGUGUACUUUUCUUCAUCCUGUACACUUUUGCAAAGCUUUGAGCAAAUGUGUCUGGACAAAUAUGCAUUUCAUUUUGAAAUCAGAUUUUUCAUUAGCAUGCUAUAACACUUAAGUCAUAAAUUAGGAGUAGAGAAGUCAUUUUCUGUUUGUCACGCAUUUCUUUAAACUGGGUUUUUUCCAUGAAUACUUUGUGGAAGCCAAGCUGGGUUAACAUCAGAAGUAUACAAUGUAAUUUGUAAUUAUUUCAAAUUAUCAAAAUUUUUGCAGUAACUUUUAAAAUGUUGACAUUAUAAACAUAAAUGAUGGUACCUAGCUUUUUUCAUGACCUAUUGAUAUAAGUGUUCAAUUUUUUUUCAGUGCACUUGUUUCUGAAAUUUGAACUGCAAAACCAAUUCUGAACUCAUUAUUUUCCUUUAUUCAGUUUAUUCAGAAUUUCAGUAGUCAGCAAGAAAAAGUGUGUUUAAAUGAGGCUUCAGUCAUAGUGCAGAUAUCUACAAGUGAGCUUGUUUAAAUGACUUUUGAACAUAUUGUCCUACAAGGUUUUGUAGAAUAUAUAGCACUGGUCCAAGCACUACUUGUAUACUAUGUUAGAUGUUGAAGGAGAAAAACAAAAGAUAAUGAUAGUCCCUGUAUCCUUUUCCUUGUGAAACAGGCUUUUAGCUGCUCGUUUUGUACAUUGUUCACAACAGCACCUACAAAAUAUACACGUCUGCAUACCUGAAUUGCAGGCCAAAAUGUGAUGUUAAAAAAAGUUUAGGAGAUGCUAAGAAACUUCAGAAUGCUAAGUACUAUGUAGUCAGAGAAAUAUAAGCAUAACCUUUUGGAGAUCAUGCAUUCAGUAUGUGGUUGAGUUUGAUUGUAAGCAGUUUAAUGUAUGCUUUUAGUGUGGAAAAAAAUGUACAGUUGAAUUCUUCUGUAAAUAAUGUGUAGUAAUAUUUUAUAUUUAUAUCAAAACAACACUUGUGUUCACAAUUUGUGCACCAUUCAAUGUGGCCAUCCAGUGUUAAUGUGUGUGUGCAAUUUUGAUGACAACCCAUUUUAUCGUACUCUCAAAUAAUUAUUUUUGUGCUUGGACUGCUAAAACUUGUGACAGAACUAUUCCUGAUAAUCAAGAGGUUGCUUCACCCUCAUAUGAUGUGAAGGGACCCUCAGUUUAUGGCUUUGUAUAUGAAAAACAAAUUUUGUAUUUCGGCAGGCAAAUCUCAGUUCUGAUGCGCAAGUCCAUUAGAUAUCUCUUCAGCACUGUCGAACAUACUCCCAAUUUUGUUGGAUAUACCCACAAUGCUCUUGGGCUUGUUUAUGACUAGUGUUGGAAAUGCCUGUGAUACUGUCAUAUACAUCUACGGCACUAUUUGACAUGCCUCUAACAGUACAGAAUCUGAGAAUGAAGUUGUCUUUUUUUCCUGUAAAGACAUGAGAAUUUAAGUAUCAUCAAUUGGCUUAAUGUUGAGAAUGAAUAUGGCCUCAGCGUGAACAAGUAAUAUUGCAAGGUUACGGUGUGUUAUUGGUGGAUUCAGAGUUUGCCAAUAAAGUAGAUUUCAUUCAG